AUGACUGUAAUGUUAUUUUGUGAGUCCACAGGUGCUGAUGAAUUGAGGCUGUCAAAUGGAACUGGCCCCUGCUCGGGGAGAGUGGAAGUAAAACAUGAGGAGAAGUGGGGAACUGUGUGCGAUGGUGACUGGACCAUAGAAGAUGCUGAGGUUGUUUGUAAGCAACUACAAUGCGGAUCUGCUGUUAAGGCCCUUAAUCGAGCUCCUUUUGGAGAAGGAUCUGGACCAACAUGGUUGUAUCGAGUUGAUUGCCGUGGUGAUGAAUCCGCUCUCUGGAACUGCUCGCAUACAGGAUGGGGUUCUUUUAGCUGCCCUCAUUACUUUGAUACUGGAGUGAUCUGCUCAGGUUUCUCUGGGAUGCGUCUGACUGGAGGGCACACUGCCUGCUCAGGACAUCUGAAAGUAAAGCAAGAAAAAACUUGGGCUACAGUCUGUUUUUCACACAUUGAUUUCAAAACCGCCUCUGUUAUAUGUAAUGAGUUAGAGUGUGGCCAGGCUGUGGAUAUCUUGAGAGGAACUCACUUUGGAGACAGACAAGAUGAACUGAUCUGGCAAGAAGAGUUUCACUGCUAUGGUGGGUACAGGCUGGCAAAUGGCAGUACCACAUGUUCAGGGAGAGUAGAGCUUCUUCAUGGAGGCACAUGGGGAACGUUGUGUGACUACCUGUGGGAUUUACCAGCUGCCACUGCCCUCUGCCAGCAGCUGGACUGUGGAGUUGCCCUACUGAUACCAAGUGGACAGUCCUUCGGGAAAGGAAAUGGAUCUGUCUGGAAUGGCACAUUCAGUUGCAAGAAGAACGGCUCACGCCUGAGAGACUGUCCUGUGAGUGUGCUAGGUCAUGAUGAAUGCCCUGCUGGAAAAGAAGCUCGUGUGGCAUGUUCAGGGUGCCCAGGGGCCAGGUUGGUGAAUGGAACCACAUGCUCUGGCAGAGUGGAGAUCCGCCAUGGAGACACGUGGGGAAGACUCUGCCACUCCCACUGGAAUUUGCAAGCUGCCAGUGUUCUCUGUCAUCAGCUGAACUGUGGCUAUGCAAAGUCAAUCCAGACAGGAGACCGUUUUGUGGAUGGGAAUGGGCCUGUAUGGAGAGAUGCUUUUCACUGUGGAGGGACAGAGUCCUGCCUGUGGGAUUGUGCUCAAGUGACUUUGGGCAAUCCAACCUGUUCAGCCAGAGAAGCAGCCACUGUUAUUUGCUCAGUGCCAACAGGAGUUGCUGAAGAUGUUGGUGUGAUUUGCUCAGGUAGCAGACAGAUCAGGCUGGUGAAUGGAACAAAGCGUUGUGCUGGGAGAGUAGAGCUUUAUCAUGACGGCAUCUGGGGCACCAUCUGCGAUGACAACUGGGAUCUAUCAGAUGCUAAUGUUGUUUGCAAACAGCUGGGAUGUGGACAUGCCAUCAAGGCAUUUACCUCUGCUCAUUACGGCAAAGGCUCAGGACAGAUCUGGUUGGAUGAUGUGAAUUGCACUGGGGCGGAAUCUGAUCUCUGGGCAUGUCCCUCUAGGGCAUGGGGCCAGCACAACUGCCAACACAAAGAGGAUGCUGGAGUCCUCUGCUCAGAGUUCCUGGCUCUGAGGCUGGUGAAUGGCAAUGACUGUGCUGGGCGGCUAGAAGUUUUCUACAAUGGGACAUGGGGGAGCAUUUGCUCCAAUCGUAUGUCUCAACUUACUGCAAUAACUGUAUGCAAACACCUGAACUGCGGAGAUGGUGGGGAAAUCGCAACAGACUUCAAAUAUGGCAGAGGUUCUGGGCCCACGUGGCUGGACCACAUUGAGUGCACUAAGCAACAUAGCUCUCUCUGGCAAUGUCAGUCAGACCCCUGGGAUCCUCAGUCAUGUGAUAACCGAGCAGAAGAGACCCAUAUUUCUUGCACUGACAGGGAAAAGUUACGAGUCAUAGGAGGAAAGGAUGGAUGUUCAGGCAGAGUGGAGAUUUGGCACCAAGGUUCUUGGGGAACAGUCUGUGACGAUUCCUGGGAUGUGGCUGAUGCUAAUGUUGUAUGCAGGCAGCUGGGUUGUGGAUCUGCUGUGUCUGCUCUGAGUGAAGCUGCCUUUGGGGAAGGGACUGGUCCCAUCUGGUUGGAGGAGGUCCACUGUAAAGGAACAGAGCUGUCUCUUUGGGACUGUCCUGCCAAGAGCUUGUUCUGCAAAAACUGUGAUCAUAAGGAAGACGCUGCUGUGGAUUGCUCCGGUUAG